AUGGCAUCACUUCCCAGCCAAGGGCGCUGGUCUGCAAAAGACACCUUGAGGCUAAUGGAGUGCAUGGAGGAGAAUCUGCUAUCCAAUGAUAGCCGAGCAUUCCAAAAAUCCCAGGCAGAUCUGGACUGGGAGAAAGUAGCUUUUGAACCCUUUACAGGAGAAAUGUGCAGACUAAAGUGGCAGGAGAUUUCUCAAAAAUUAAGGAAAUUCCGCACACUGUCAGAAUUAGUUCUGGAAGCAAAGGAACAAGUUACACAUCCCCACAAAAGUGGGAAGUACAAGAAGCACCCCGACUUCCCCAAAAGGCCCCUGACAGCCUACCUACGCUUUUACAAGGAGCAGAGGGCCCAGUACCUCCAGAUGCACCCUGAGCUCAACAACAAGCAGCUGACCCGAGUCCUGUCGGAGAAGUACAGGCAGCUCCCUGAGCAGGCCCGGCAGAAGUAUGUUCAAGAUUUCCAGAAGGAGAGGGAGGACUUUGAGGAAAAAGUGGCUCAGUUCAGGAAAGAACACCCAGAUCUAGCUCAGAAGUUCAAGAGACGUGUGGCACGCACAAGGGACCAAAGGAAAGUCCCUGAAAAAUUGGAAGACAAUGAGAAAAAUGGGAGCUCUGCUCCAGAAAUGGGUGAAUUGUCCCCAAAGAUGAAACUCAGAGAACCCAAAAAGCCCCCCAUGAAUGGGUAUCACAAAUUUCACGAAGAUUCAUGGUCAAGUAGGGAGCUGUGUCAUUUGCCCAUGAGGGAGCGCAUGGUGGAGAUUAGCAGGCGCUGGCAGCGUGUGCCCCCGAGCAUGAAGGAGAACUACAAGAGGCAGGCUGAGGAGAUGCAGCAGCAGUACUGGGUGGACCUGGACGCCUGGCUCAAGUCAUUGUCGCCUGAGGAGUAUGCUGCCUAUGGAGGUGCACAGACCUCCUGUGGUAAGCGAAAGUGCACGAUGGUGACAGAUGGCCCCAGCCCCAAGUUCAGAAUAAUAGAUCCACAGUCCUCCUCAGCAAAGGAGCUGCCAGAGCUUCCCAGGGAGAAGCAGGGGCUCCUGGCUGUGGGGUCAGACUCCUCAGAACCUACUGAGCGCUCCCCAAGAACAGGCGAGGAUGGGAUGGAAGAUGGGACCAAGGAUGAAGAGAGCAGCUCCUCAGAGUCGGGCAGUGGAGAUGAAGAUACAGAUGAGAGCUCUGAGGACAGUCUGUCUGAUUCAUCCUCCUCAAAGGAAUCCUCAUUUUUAGACUCUAUUUGA